AUGCGAUCUCUGGUUUUACUGUUACGAGCAUUAGUGACUUGCACUGUAUCCCUGAUCUGCAGACAGGUUGCCGAAAAUCUCGGGGCAGACGGUGAACAUCCUCAUUCGGAUGAGCCAGGCUUUCGAAACAUUUUGCGUCGAGCAUCUGCCCCUGCGAUUUUGGUAAGCUCGGGUCAGACAGCUGCACCUUCGACAAGCAGUCGCGCCAAGAAGAGCGUCGCCUUCGGCCUGCGAUACAGUAUUGUCAUUGGUAGCGAAACCUUUUCCGAGGGUCGUCGCCUUUCUGACGUGGAGGCCCAGAAGAAGGCAGAUGCUAUCCAGCAUUGGUGGGCCGAGAGGCAACGCCUGGGAUACGACGCUUACAACGGGGAUGAGUCUCCGAGCCCCAGCCCGGAGCUCCCCGUUCGGCGACCUCGGUCCACGUCCCUCGCGGAGAUGCACGGCGAGGGCGGCCAGGGCGACGGCCUCGAAGUGCCUGGCGAUCUCCCAUCCGGAAGAAGGCGCUCCAGGGCCAACUUCUCAGCUGCGGACAUCUGCGAGGACUCGGCAUCUUCCUUUCCUCCGGAAGGCGAUUUCCAGAUGGACGGGAUCAGCAGAAAUGAUGCUCCCAACCUUCUCCAAGACUUCAACUUGCAAGUCAUGCCCAAGCCGAAGCCGGUCGUGCAGAGCGUGGAGGAGUUUCUGGCCGCGGCUGGCGCGACAGCUUACAUCGUGCGGGACACAGUGAGAGACGACCUUCAUGAAUUCAAUGUCGCCCUUUGUCGACGGGCAUCAGCAUUGCUGAAUGAUGUGGGAAAUGCGGUGAAGGAUGCCAUCAGCGCCCCGAGGCCCGACUGGAAGAAGGGGGUUCGUCUCGUCAGUGACGGUGCCAGUGAUGGGUCGUCGACGGAUGACAUGGAAUAUGGUUUACCCAGUACCCAUACGAUCAAUACGGUCUGUAUGUGGCUUUAUAUUUUCUACUUCUACGCAAGCUCUACAAGCCACGGGGAUGGCAUCUCCGUGUAUUGGAACACCUGGAGGUCUCCGGCCUUGCAGAUGAUGUUUUGUGCUAUCCUGAUCUGGUGCACCUUCAUUAUGUAUGGGCGGUUGUACCUUGGGAUGCAUUCACCAAUCGACGUGGUCGUCGGGUUUGGCAUUUCCAUGGUCUUGCUUCAUGUCUAUGCUGCCGUGGACGAUUUCAUCGAUGCAUGGAUGACGGCGACAACCGCGUUCGUCCCAGCAUAUCAAUUGGCCUUUGCAGUGGUCCUCUGCUGGACAUAUCCACAAGGCUUGCAGCGGACUCCUUCGUACAACUACGCCGUUUACUUCACAGGUGUUUGCUUGGGAGUUGUCACCGGCGUGUGGCGCUGCCCGCAUCAUCAUAGUGUUGCAGCAGCAGAGGCUAUCAAAGCAGUCCGAGGCCCGCUGGCUAGCACUGGCUUCAUGCUCUUCGUAGGACGCAGAUUCUUGGUGGGACUGGUAGUUGUGCUGGCUUUGCGGGCAGCAAGCAAAGAGAUCUUGAAGCUGCUGGUACCACGUGUUUUCCAGAUCCUCGGGAUACCUUGCUCGGAUCACGAGGCCAAGCCAAAGGAAGAAAAGGACCCCGUGGGCUUCAACGUUCUCACACCAACGCGACUUUUGAACUACGCCGUGGUGGGUUGGACAGUUGUGGAACCAUGCUUUGACCUGUUCGAGUGGCUCAGAAUAUGA